UAAAAGUGGCCCCACUGCGCAUCAGAUCACCUCCGCCAUGAGCCGCGCAGCUGGUCCAGACCUAGCGGAGGCCUCAGAGGAGCGGCGUUUCCUCAGCACGGCGGAGGCAGCCGCCCUGGAGCGGGAGCUGCUGGAGGAUUAUCGCUUUGGGCGGCAGCAGCUGGUGGAGUGGUGCGGCCAUGCUAGUGCGGUGGCUGUGACCAAGGUGUUCCCUUUGCCUGCUGUCUCCCGGAAGCAGAGGACAGUGCUGGUGGUGUGCGGCCCAGAGCAGAAUGGGGCAGUGGGGCUGGUUUGUGCCCGGCACCUGCGGGUGUUUGAGUACGAACCAACAAUCUUCUACCCUACACGCUCCCUGGACCCACUGCACCGGGACCUGACUACUCAGUGUGAGAAGAUGGACAUCCCCUUCCUGUCCUAUCUGCCCAUGGAGGUCCAGCUCAUCAACAACGCCUACAGGCUGGUGGUGGAUGCCGUGCUGGGCCCCGGUGUGGAGCCAGGCGAGGUCGGGGGCCCCUGCACGCGUGCCCUGGCCACACUCAAGCUACUGUCCAUCCCCCUUGUGAGCCUGGACAUUCCCUCAGGCUGGGACCCAGAGACCGGCGGCGACGCCGAGGACGGGCUCCGGCCCGACGUGCUCGUGUCGCUCGCGGCGCCCAAGCGCUGCGCCGGCCGCUUCUCCGGGCGCCACCACUUCGUGGCCGGCAGGUUCGUGCCCGAUGACGUGCGCCGAAAGUUCGCUCUGCGCCUGCCGGGCUACACGGGCACCGACUGCGUCGCGGCGCUUUGACUCCCCCCGCCCCGCGCCCACGCGGCUUGGACACGCGCCAAUAAACAGACGUACCACCAACAA